AUGCAUCGUCCCGGCAUUCUAGGCAAUGGCCUGAAAAGGCUCGCCAGCGCGCCCCGGAGCCGUCGCAGCUUCGCAACGGUGACGGACGCUGACGUCGAAUCAGCGCGGCGAUACUGUUUGAAGCAGCUUCAGACCAGCGACUACGAUGCCCACCUCAUCCACCGCUUCAUCCCGCCGCCCGUCCAGGACACCUACGCCGCCCUCCGCGCACUGAACCUGGAGCUCGUCCGCCUGCCCGAGUUGGUGUCCAAUCCCACCAUUGGCGUCAUGCGCAUGAAGUUCUGGCAAGAGUCCAUCGACAAGACGUUCGCCGGGCAGCCUCCCCGCGAGCCAAUCUGCAUCCUGCUCCACCGCGGACUGCAGCAGCUCGAGCUACGGGCCGGCAGCUCGUCGACGGCAAAGUCCAUCAAAUUCUGGGUCUCGCGCCUGAUCCGCACGCGCGAGAGGCACAUGGACAAUCGGCCCUUCGCCACCCUGGCCAGCCUGGAAGGCUACGCCGAGCACACGUACUCCACGAUCAUGUAUGCGACUUUGGCAUCCAUGCCGCUGCGGUCAAUGCACGUGGAUCACCUGGCCAGCCAUAUCGGCAAGGCGUGCGGCAUCGUCGCUGUGCUUCGGGGCAUUCCCAUCCUCGCCGCCCCCGCGCAGCCCGUCAGGAGCCCUUCUGGCCUCGACACCCCGAGCCGCACCCAGGCCAUCCUGCUGCCGCUGGACAUCAUGGCCGAGGAGGGUGUCAAGGAGGAGGAGGUCUUCCGGCAAGGCCCCAACGCCCCCGGGCUGCAAGACGCAAUCUUCAAGGUCGCCACCCGCGCCAAUGACCAUCUGAUCACGGCGCGAGAGAUGCUCAAGAGGUUAAAAGCGGGGCAGGAUCCAGGCCACGAGUUUGAGCACCAGGGUGAGGGCGAGCACCAAUAUUUUGAGGAGGGAGACAACGACACGGCGCGGGACAUACGGCGCGGUUUCGGGGCAUUGCUAGAAGCUGUACCCGCAGCACAAUGGCUGCUGAGCCUGGAAAAGGCCAACUUUGACCCGUUUGCCACCGUAGAUGCUGUCGCAAAGAUGCUCUACGAACUCAUUGCCAUUGUCCGGCCGGGCAGCCUCACCGAGGUAAAAGAAAUCGCCCAAACCGUUGGCUCCCUCGUCCUCAAAAACGGCGGCGUCAUCCGCGGCCUCUCCAACUGGGGCGUCUUCUCCCUCCCCAAGCCAAUCUCCAUCCACCAGAUGAAGCACACCCACGGCCACUACUUCGUCAUGCGCUACGACUCGUCCACCAAAGUCCACCAGGACGUGCGAUCCACGCUGCGUCUCGAGCCGCGCAUGAUUCGCGCCGCGCACGUCAAGCUCGGUGACGGCAAGCUCGAGACGGUGUCGAGGUUUGGGCCGCCCAAGUGGAGGACGCAGGGCAGUGAGGCGUAG